AUGGAGUCCUGCAGGGUUCCUCACCAGGUCCUGCUUUUAUUCAUCCUCACGUUCAUCACAGUACCUGUAUCAGCUGUCACUCCUGUACAGGUGAAGUGUAAUCAGGCUGCUGCUCUGCCCUGUGAACGGAAAUGUUCUCGUGAGGCCAAAUGGACUCUGUUCAGUAACCAAAGUGUUGUAUUGGCUCGGUGUAAUCAGACAUCCUGCUGGUCACUAAAGGAGGGAUUUAAAAUGUCCCAUGAUCAGUACCUGAAGGGAGAUCUCACCCUCACCAUCACUGCAGCUGAUUACAGUAAGAGGAACACGUACACGUGUGAGUGUGGUGACAGAGACAUUAAAGAUGUGCGUCUCAGCAUCGAGACCAUGAUAUCAUCAGUUCAGAUAAACCCUGGUGAAGAUCUGCAGCUGGAUUUGCACGUAUCAGAGCGAGUGGAGGUGAUCUAUAAGGGUGAAGAUUCAGCAGAUCCACAUGGUGAACAGAUCUGCACUGUGGAUAGAAGCUCACUACGCUGUACAGCUGAAUACACACCGAGAACAUCACUCACUAACACAGUUCUUACACUGAGAGGAGUAAAGCUGACUGAUCGGGGAGUUUACAUCGUCCGAGACACGGAGACUGAUGAAGAUCUUCAUAUUUACUCAGUAUCAGUGACAGUAUCAGUGAGAGAGAGAGCGCUACCAGUGUGGGCGAUUAUCCUGAUAGUGCUGAUGGUUCUUCUGCUUGUUGCGCUGCCUGUGAUGAUAAUCUGCUACCUGAGGAAUCGGCGCUGCCAAAGAGAUGAAAGGAGCAGCAGUGGAGCAGGAAGAGCUCAGAGCUGGAAUGGCACCAUACAAAUGAGGGACCUGCCAGAGAACCGAAUGAUGUUGGAGGAGAACCUGAAGCUCAAACAUAAGAAUGGAGUAACAGAGGGAAGAGACUUAUAACUUCAUACAGCAUGAUUCUGGAGCAAGGAGAGAGCUGAACUCAGAUAGGAAGACGGGAAUAAAUGAUUUCUCCAUCCCUUUGUUCUUCACAACACCAAAAGAAUACGACCAGACUACAGAAUCUGCUGGAAUCCUCCCUCAUACUGACUACUGCAAGUCUUUUUUUUAAUCCCUUUAUCUGUUACAUAUCCUCAUCAGAUCAUUCUAUAGGCUUCUCCUGUCAUAUAUUACCUUUGGAGAUGAUUUCACUGAGCACCACAUCAUGUACGAAGCCUGGUUUAGAUCUCCACACCUGCACUCCAACUCUGUUCAGCAAGUUCCAGUUUGCAUUUAUAGCAGAGUGCUGCAGGUUAAAGGCGUCUCCUGAUUGGUUCCCUGGUUGCUAAGGGACACAGUUUCCCUAGUAAUACAGAAUGCUUUAUUUUUAGUGUUGCACAGGAGGAUCCACCCCUAUUCCAUUGGACUAUUCCAUUAUCUCCCAUUACUGUGCAGCUGCGGAAGUGACACACAGACAGUGUUCAAAGCAGAUGGAGCGAAGUUCUGUGAAAAUGAAGCGAAACUAUCCAAUCGGUGCUGAGAAAAGGAGGAAGUGGGAGGAAAGCAAAAGGAUUAUAGCAAAGUUAGUGUUACUCAAGGGCCCAACCCUCCAAGAAGAAACCCAAGAAGAAGCCGACAUCCCCCGAUUAAACUCUGACUCGAAUCCCAAGUUGUGAAACUGGAGACUGACCUCCAAAAGAUAGAAAGAGGGAGAAAAUUGAGGCUAAAGGAAAAAAAUAAGAGGAGCAGCAGGGCACCCGCAGAGCCAUACUGCACGCACCCUUAUAACAGUUAGCUACCACACACACUAUAUACACACAUCGUGUGCUAUACAUUCACUCAAAAACACAUUUAUUGUUUUGAUUGUCAUAGAUCAGACCACACUUGAGUUUUGGUUAAUCAGAUGGCUGGGACGCUAUCCAUUAAAGAAGAAGUGGAUGUAGGGCAGUGUAUUGUGUUGUCCACAAGACGUCGCUAUGACACUGUUGUGUUCUGGCAGAUUUAAGUAUCUUUAGCGCUGUUUGAGCGUCUUGAUGUACCGUAGUGGGGGCAUUCGUGGCCUAAUGGAUAGAGAGUCGGACUUGCAACCCAAAGGUGAACCUGAAGGUUGUGGGUUCAAGUCUCAGGUCCGGCAGGGAUUGUAGGUGGGGGAGUGAAUGACCAGCGUCUCUCCCACCCUCAAUACCACGACUGAGGUGAGACCCUUGAGCAAGGCACCGAACCCCCAACUGCUCCCCAGCACUGCCCACUGCUCCGGGUGUGUGUUCACACUGUGUGUGUGCGUGUGUGUGUGUGUGUGUGUGCGCGCACUUGGAUGGGUUAAAUGCAGAGCACAAAUUCCGAGUAUGGGUCACCACACUUGGCCACAAGUCACUUCACUAGUGUUGAUACGCAUGUAGUGCGCCAUCUUUUCUUUAGUUCAUGUUAUCAACACUAUAGGUAAGUCAUGUUAACAUUAGUGGAAAAUUCAAUUUAAAAUAUCUUUGUUGUUAUCACUCUAAUGUUCUGUCUAUUGAGAUAUUUUGUGUUCUAAACUGCUAAAGGCCUAAAUGCAGAGUAAUAUGGAGAGUUAAAAUGUUUUUUGUUGUUCUUUCUUUUGAGUGUGAAUAAUACGGGGUGGCUGAUGCAAAGUUAUGUAUGACAAUAUAAGCAGCGAGAGUUUGCUAUUGAAUUGAAUGUGCAUUUUACGUUUACGUUUAAUUUAUGUAAUUUAUGUAGUCCCCGUAGUUCUGUGUUGUUCUGUGUUGUCUUAUGUGGCACCUUGGUCCUGGAGGAACGUUGUUUCGUUUCACUGUGUACUUGUAUAUGGCUGAAAUGACAAUAAACUCCACUUGACACUUGA